UUAUAUACUAGAGUGAGCCUGGUCCACAGUGGAAACGCGCAGACCUGCCAUUUACACUUAUGGCCUCUCUGAAGUAAAAAAUAGCGCACAGCACUCCAUCAGCGGACGUGCCGUGUUUCCAUUAGAUGACAGUCAACCACCCGGUGACUCAGGGCUCAGCCACUCCCGAUGGCAGCCCGGCCCUCCGCUCCUCCUUGAUCUUCCUGAAUGGACAGCCACGCUACCUACUGUUCACGCCUCCCUCUGUCAUCUCCCUCACUACUGCUUCACCAACGACCCGCUGCAGCUUUAUUGUGGAGUGAUUAACCCGGGCCGAUCGGUGCACCACGCAACUUAAAGGAUCCAUCCGAAGUAAAUCACUGCUCACACCACGGCCCAAGCUUGCCUACCAACCGGGUCCUUAAAUAUCACCUCACUACCUGAUUGGGACAUUGUGUCCUUUUUAGCGCAAUGACAGCCAAGCACCGGAAAGCGAAAAACAACCACAAACAUGAAGAUAACAUAUUCAAAAAUGAAGUUAUGGAGACAGAAGUUCGCCCUGGAGGGAAUAACUACACACUUCUAUUGGUUUUAUUUCUGAUUUUUGUGAUUGGAGGUGCCACCGGAGUGUGGUUCUGUUUCCAGCAGCACCAAACUUUAACCUACUUAACAGACAAUCUCAUGGGCAUACAGAUGAAGAUAGUGAAACUACAAUCCUCCCACGAAGAAAUGCGACAAUCUGGCAACAAGCAGCACAUUUCGGACAACGUGGAGGCCCGACUUAAUGCCCUUGAGGAGUCCUAUUCACUGGCCCAGAAGCAGGUGGGUAUGGCCUUAGCUACAGCCGAACAGCUCAAGACAUCAGACCUCCCCGCUCAGGUGCUUUCACUCCACACAGAGAUGAAAACCCGCCUGGCAGAGAUGCAGCAAGCCACAGUGUCUCUGGAGCAACUGAGCCAGCUGCAGACCAUGUUGAAAGGAAAGAGUGAGGAGUUUGAAGAUGUUAAAAUGAAGGUGGAGGUUUUAGCCACACUGACUGGUGAGCUAGCCCAGAAGGUCGACAUCUUGACAGGCGGCCUGGAAGAAGCGGAAUCUAAGCUGGAGGAGAAAGUUGGAGAGAUUGCCACACUGAGUGCCACCCUGGAUAGACAGGCUGCUGUGAUGCUCAGACUGAAGGACCAGCUAGACGCCUACCAGACUCAAUUGAAGGCUAGCGUGGUCGAAAUGACUACUGUCAGAGAGUUGUUUGAACAUGAACAGUCGCAGCGGCUUCAUCAGGCCGGAGUACAGGAGCUUAAUGUGUCUGUGGCAGAAACUAAACCUGAGACCAAGCCUCUGGAAAAGACAGAGGGAGAAACAGUUCCUACAACUGAAGAAGAGGCAGAAACCAAAGAGGAAGAGGAAGCUGCAGGAAGUGAAGAAAAAGAAGAAGAAACACCUGUAGAAACUGAAAAAAGAGUAAAAACUGUAGAAACUGAAGAAGAAGCCUUGGGCAGUGAAGAAAACGUAGAAACUGACGAAGAAGAAGAAGAAGAAGAAGAAGAAGAGGAGGAGGAGGAGGAAGAAGAAGAAGCCUUAGGAACUGAAAAAGUAGAAGACACAGACACUAAAGAAGAGACACCCAUAGCAGCUGGAGAGGAAGAGGAAGAGGUAGCUGCACCAGCUGAAUUAGAAGAAGAAGAGAUUCUUUCUACAGCUGAUGAAAAAGUUACAUCCACCCAAGAGGAAGAAGAGGCAGAGUCUGAUGAGCCAGAAGAACUAAAUACACAAGAUACAGCUCCUGUUGAAAAGGAGGAGUCUGCGACAGAAGAAACUGUUCCUACACAGCAGGCAGAGGCAGUAGAGGAAGAUGAUGCAAAACAAGAGAAGUCUGUUACUGUAUCAGAAGAAGAGAAGGGACACACAACACUGACAGAAGAGGAGGGACACAAUGCUGAAGAGCAGAUGCCUGAAGAGGAGAACCGGAGAGGUGAUGAAGAGGAGGCACCUGAAAGAGAGAAAGGUGAGGAAGAGAGCCUCAAAGCAAGAGAUGAGGAUGAGACUGUGUUGGAGAAAGAGGAGUCAGAAGAUGAUGAAAGGGAGAAGUCAGAAGAACACGUACCAUCUGGAGAAGAGGAGCAGCUUUGGAAGGCAGUGCUUGAGGCAGAGCAACCAGAUGUAGAGGAAGAAGCGUCAGAAGCAGAGGACGAACAGCAGGAAGCAGCAGAUGAAGAGGAGAACCAUGGUGCAGAGGACCCACAGGAGGCUGAUGAAGAAGAGGAGUUUUUAGAAUUUGAUGCUUUGCCAGAAGACAAAUAGUGCAUACCACCAGGAAGCAAUUUCAUUCUUUUAUGCUAUGGACCUAUCCAUCAAGAAAAGCGGGAGCUUUCUCCGACUACCACCACUGUCUGCAAUAUGACAAAUACUGUUAGAAAGAGUUAUUGAUCGCUGUUGUCGAGGUGCAUUACUCAUUUGCUUUCUGAAAGGCACACCUAAUCGAAAAUUCAGUCAACAUGCAGAGCUGAAACCUGUACCUCAAAAUCUAACAUGGCUCGUUUUUGUAAGGAAAUGAGUCAUUCAGGGGUUACCUGCCAAUAACAGUCUCACAAGCCUUAACCCAUCAAAUGAUUAUGUUUUUUUUAAAGAAAAGAAAUUCCACUUGUCAUAACAAUUUCCACUGUUUUCUACCAAGUUAAUGAAAUAACAAGAAGUCGGUGCAUAAGCUGUGACCUUGAAGCCAUAAGUAAUACCUGUCUUGGUGACAAAGUGUGCUGCUUUUUGUCACUGCCUGAAAUGUAUCACGAGAAACAACAAUUACAGUACUGUAAUUCAUUGUGUCCCUGAUGUUGUUUACACAGGAAAAAAAACUACAAGAAAAAUGGUAGAAAAUCAAUAAUAUGCAAUAACUGAAUUAAUAAGAGUGUUUUUUUAAGGUAUGGCAAAGUUUAUUAAACUUUUUUUUUUACUCUUUAAAGAGCAUGUUUGUUAUUUAGUGUUUAAUAACUAGAGCUGUGCUUGCUCUAUAGAUUUGGUCAUUAUCUUUUUAUUUGCACUUUUUAACUGAUUACAAUUCCAGCCAGACAGAACACACUGGUGGUAUUGUGAGAUACAGGGAGGUCAAAAGGUUUGGUCCCGUAACCAAGAGCUCAUUAUUAAUCUGCUGCUUUUUAAUCAAUAACAUUUUAAUAAACUUUGUGUGUCUUUAACAAACAAUCAUAGAAAAACUAUGCAACUUUAGAAAAAAAGCUUAAUGAUGCACCUCAGGGACAAAUUGUUCUGCAUAUGAGGGGUUGGAGCCUGUACUGUGCUUAAGUUACAUUUUUAGGACAGCAGAAGUAUUCACAUGUCAUUCAAAGCAUCAGUCACACCAACUAGAGAACAAGUUGUCCACAAAGCCAAGAGGCGACUCAUUUUAUACGUAAUAUAAAAAUAUCUUUUGACGAAAGCUCAGUUUUACAAUUAUGUUGAUGUAGUUUCCAGAUUUAAAUGUUUUUCUGCAGCACACUGACAGCAAAGAUGGAUUGAGGGAGGAACUAAUGUUGGUAUUAUUAACAUGUUUAGCAACAGAAACAAAGCAAGAAACAUGAUUUCAAAUAAUGUGAGUUUUCCAAUAAUCAAAAAUAUUGUUGCUAAAGUGAGUGUAACCUUCUUGCAAAAUAUUUUAGUAUCUCAAAUGUCUUUUUUUCUUCAUUUUUUUUAGGAAAUUACAAAUAUGUGUAUUCAUAUUUUACCACUGUGAAAUAUGUUUCCAAAAAGUGAUUUUUACUGUGCAUUUUUACAAAAACAACUAAAUAAAACAAACCUAUAGCGCACUGUUUUUUUUUUUUGUUUGUUUUGUUUUUGUUAAGGUCGUGUUUAUUAUCAGUAUAACAAUUAUGUUUGUAAAAUAAACUCUGGUUCUUUCA